AUGUCCGCUCCUUGGAAUUUCGACUUCACUGGAAUGACUAUGGAGGAGUUACAGGAGCUGAUGGCCGCAGCAAGGAUAGCAGAGGAGAAGAAGGUGGAGGAGGCGAGAGUUGCCACAGUGGCAGAGCGAGCACGGGUAGUGGAGGAAAUGCGCAAGGCAGUGGAGGCACACAGAUCGGAAGCUUCGGAGCUCAUUGCUCUGGAGAAAGCAUGUCUGCGGUGUGAGGCCAACAGCCAGACAUGUACAUGGGCAUUGGUACGAGAGGCCUCGGCCAAGUCUAAGGGCGAAGGCAGGGCUAAGGCUAAGGCCUGUGAUCAGUGCAUGAGCAUGAAGGCCUCCUGUCGGGUCGGUGGAGAUGAGGCUCAACCGGCCAUUCCAGCAAAGAGCAGGAGGCAGACAAGGGAGAGGGUGACAGAGUCCGGAGAAGUAGCGGAUGAGGGCGCAGGCAGGCCUUCUUGGCAGAGGAAGGUGUACGGAGAGGAGGAGAUGGUGAUGGAGGUGGAUGACCAGGAGUGGGUCAAGGUGACCAAUGACAUGGUCUUGGCGCAGGCGGAGACAAACGCGCAGCUGGGGGCCUUGGUGACUGCCAUCAUGCGUCUGGCAGAGCAGAUGGAGCUCCAACAGGUGGAGCAGAAAGAAGAGAGGGACAGGGCCCAGGCGGAAGUCCAGGAGAUUCUCCGUGUGACCGGGGUUGCGCUGGAGAAGGGCUUCUCUGGCUGGGGAAGGACCGUCAAGGAGGUCCUUGGGAAGAAGGCAGAGAUUGGGGUGGAGGCAGUGGAGGUCCUAGAGCUUACCAGCUCUUCCAGUAGCGACGUGGAGAAGCCAGAGGAAGAGAUGGAAAGUGAAGCGGAGAAGGGUGCAGAUGGGGAGGAGUCAGGAUCUCAGCCAGAGCCGGAGGAAGAGGCGGAGGUGGGGCCUGAGUACGCCCUUGCAUCUGCAUGGCCUGGCUUCUUCUUUGGCAUUGCCACAUAUCUGUUCGUGAGGAUACCAUACAAAUUCCUCCUAAUGAAACUCUUGUCAUGGUGGUUCUUUCCCAGUAACGAUGGGAACGACAUGGAGAUGUUGGAAAUGGGGAGGAGGGUCUCUUCAGACAACUUUGCCACUUCCAACACCAUUUAUAGACAUCCCUACUAUUGGUCCGACCCCCUGUUACCCUGUCCACUGUGGGUACAACAAGCACAGCAGCAAGAAAUCGAUCUACUACACAGUUGGGUCUUUGCUACCUGCUGCCUCGCUUUAGAACAAGCAGAUUCGACCCUAAAGGGGAUUGCUACUGGGGAGUACUAG